AUGGCUGUGUCAAUCAGAGUCUUAUGGAUCCGGCUUCUUCUCCUCCGCCCGCUACUCUUAGCCGAAGCCAAGCACGGCAGCCGACUAGAGAAACCAUUCGCAACGGACACCACGCAGACACUCCGUGACAGCCUAGGACAUUCGGCCAAUUCGCUCUGCGCUUUGACUGCUCACAGCGUGCUACAGGAGCUUUACGAGAAGCUGCGCAGCGUAAGACAGAACUCGGCCUGGCAUGUUCUACUCUUCACCUUUGCCGCAGCUUCCACUCUGGUAGUCGCCACCCUGUGCCCCGAUCUCCAAGUCAGCUUCGAAACAGAGCCGACGAAAUCGUCGUGGGAUCGAGAUUUGCGCAUCUUUGAUUUUCACAAGCAGCACGUCACUUCCGCCAGCCGGGGCAUCGAAGUCUUGGAAUAG